AUUUUCAUGGGCGAUGCGUGGGUUAACAAUGGGUCCGCGAAGAGCAAUUAUGAAUGGUUGCCCAUUCGGGUCAACAAUGUGAAUUCGACCGUGUCCUUGGAAGAUCUGGCGUACUGGAAGGUUGAUAUCCAUACCGGGCUCGUCCAGACUCCGUCGAGGAACAAGCGGUAUCAUGCAGCUGAGGCAGUAAUA